AUGUCUCACCGUAAAGCCAAGAAGGCCACUAACAAAAAAUCCAAUGCUUCCGCCGCUGCAGCGAAGCGUGCGCUGAAGGAAGCCGAGCAUGAGGAGGUGGUUCAGUGGCUCGAACGGAAUGACCCUUUGUAUGAACGAUCCAGGGUCCCACCCAUCACCAUCAGCGAGUUGCUCUCGGAGAAACUCAGCCACAGGACGUUUACAAUGAAUGACAAGGGUGAAGUGCCAUACGAUUGGUCCAAGUUACGCGCUGCGCUAGAGGGGAGGAACCCAAAAAGCCCGCGUUGGUUUAUGCAAUUACGCGAGGAAGACCUCCUGUUCGAAGAUGUUUUGGACGGCGUGACUGUGGACUGUGUUGUUAUUGCCGAGGCUAGUGUGCCGACACUUGCCCCAGCGCACUACAUUGUGAAGAUGCAUAUGCCUUUCAGUGAUCCGGAGGACAAUGCCCCGGAAUGCAUUUUACCCAUCGAAGGGCAAGGCAUGUGCUGGCGUAGUGUGGUGCGUGAUAACAAUUGUGAUAUUAACGCCUACUUAUUACAAAAGCGAGAGACGAAAUUGUACAAAAACUACGGUUUUAGCUUUGGAGAUUUAGAAGCAUUCGGCACCACCGUGCCUGCGAGUAACACAUCUAUACCAACUUUUACAGGUGGUUUUGGCUUUGGUGCCACGCCAGCAUCAUACAGCAAUGUACCACCCAGUUUUGGUUUUGGCGCUUCAACAAAUGAAAAAGGGUUUUCGUUAUCCCCAAACACCGCCUCAUUUGACGAAUUUGGUUCAAAGUCACCGUUGAAAGCGACCCCGCUAAAGACGAGCGAGGUUUUGUUUGCGCUUUGGUCAAAAAAGCGUCUCUCUGACAUGGCGAGGUCCCUUAAAUCAGGUAGCCGCAUCCUGAGAGAGAAUUUUAAACCGAGUCCCUCGGCUUCAGAAAUAAGGCUUGUGAUGCAGAAUGACUUCAAGGACGAUGUUUCUAAGACGGUGAAGCAGCUGAUUCUUAACAAAAUUUUUGCCAAGCGCUCUGACGAAGUUAUGGGGGUUGACCAGUGGAUAGAGAAGUGCCCCGUGUACGAUGAACACUUGACAGCCGCCUUGCAGAAGUUUCGUGCCCAUUACGUGCAAAAGGUUGCAGAAGACUCUGAUGUGUUUAAAGCUUUAUACAAUGAGUGCCAUGAAUCGAUGGAGAAGGAAUUGAAUCGCAUCGUGGAGUUGCGCAAGGCGGUGGUGCAGCAGCAGUUAAGUUGCAUCGAGGAGAUUAUGGGGCAGCUGAAGGAGGGCAAAAUGGCGGAGAAGCGGACAUUCCGGCUUUUGAAGUAUUAUCCUGCAAAUGAUGUCGUGCGAUUUCGCCCGUUUGGAAAAGUGAGCGGCAUUUCAGAAAUGGGGGAGAGCGCGGACGUGUGCGAGCCGCCAGCGCCUGUUCUUGUUAACCCCUUCAAUACCGCACAUUCCGCCAAUUCUCCGUGA